UAUUUAUUUAAGUUUGAAUAGAUUUAAAUCCUUGAGGCGUAUAGUAUCACACAGAUUCUAUGUCCACUGGUGUUAGCAAGAAGGUUGCUUAGGAAUUUGGAACAAAUCAUACCACUGUCUCUGUGAACACGAGAUAUUUUCCCCCAGAUUACUCUGGUUUUGUUGUUUUCCAUCAGGUGUUGCGUUGUUGUUCUUUGCUCUGUACACAUGAGCACAUCUUUUGCCUAUUUAGAAUUCAUUUCAAGCACAUAUUUUAAAGAAGAGCUGUGUGCUCCCUCUGGUUCCGGACACUGGGCUUAUUUAUAUUUAGCAAAAACGGCCUUGGAUCACAGCCUUCCAGAUAUAUGUGCCUUUCAGAAGUCUUUUUCCCAGCAGGACUCCACAGCUUCAAGACUGUUUAAAGAGAAAGGCUGAUGUCCCAAACCUUUAUCUCAGGGUUCUGGAAUCUUCUUUGCACUUAUGGCCGUCACCUUGAGAGUUUACCUGGAGGUCCUGGUAAGCUGCGCUCCUAGGUCAGGCAUAGAGCCGGGAGAACUACAUUGCCCAGAGCAUUCUGCCCCGAGCGCCUUCGGCGUUAAGCCAAUCAGAACUCAGGAGAAGUGCACUUCCUACGUGAGCAUCGCGUUGGGGCGGGACUUCCGGCACUUUCCAGGUGGCGGUCGUUUUGUAGGCUCUUGGGUGCUAUCGCCCAGUCUCAGGUUCCGGAGCGGCGAGUGCAGAUCGAGACAGUCCGAGGGCAGACUCUUGCCACCCGAGGCCCAGGAGAGGAACCGCUCUUCCCGCGUCCCCCCGCCUCUCCUGUCGCUCCUGGUCCCGCUCCGCCCACAGAGUCCGAUGGCGGCGGCGGCGCCGAGAGGCCCGCCUCAGGCCUGUGUGACCUUUGAAGAUGUGGCCAUUUACUUCUCCCAGGAUGAGUGGAGGCUCCUUAAUGAGACACAGAGGUUCCUGUAUUGUGAUGUGAUGCUGGAGAACUUUGCACUUACAACGUCCCUGGGUUGUCGGCAUGGAGUGGACAAGGAGGAGGCAGCUUCUGAGCAGAGCGUUUCUGCAGCAGUGCCACACGUUCAUGCUUCCAAGGCAGAUGCAUGGACUCAGAUGGCUCAUCCUUGUAACCUAUGUGGCCCAAUCUUGAAAGACGUUUUGCACCUGGACGAACACAAAGAAACACGCCAUGGACUGAAACCUUACACAUGUGGGGCGUGUGGGAGGCAGUUCUGGUUCAGUGCAAACUUCGACCAGCAUCGGAAGCUGUACGAUGUAGAGCAACUCCUAAGAGCUGACAAAGGCAAGACAUCAUUUGUUACGAACUAUAGAGCUUGUGAAGAACUUCUGCUGUCAGAGAAGCCCUUUGCAUAUCAGGAGGAGCAGAAGAAAUUCCAGGCCAGUUUGGGUAGUCACCAGCAAAAGGCUACCCACAGCAAGAGGAAGACACGGAGUCCUGAGAGUGGGCUGGCUUUGCACAUUGGACAGAUGCAUUACAAGUGCAUCGAAUGUGGGAAAGCUUUCAGCCGCAAGGACACGCUUGUUCAGCACCAGAGAAUCCACACUGGAGAAAAGCCUUAUGAGUGCAGUGAAUGUGGGAAAGCUUUCAGCCGCAAAGCCACCCUUGUCCAGCACCAGAGAAUCCAUACAGGAGAAAAGCCUUACGAGUGCAGUGAAUGUGGAAAAGCCUUUAGCCGCAAAGACAACCUUACUCAGCACAAAAGAGUUCACACCGGAGAGAUGCCUUAUAAGUGUGGUGAGUGUGGCAAAUACUUUAGCCAUCACUCCAACCUAAUUGUACACCAGAGAGUUCACAAUGGAGCAAGGCCUUACAAGUGCAAUGAUUGUGGGAAAGUCUUCAGACACAAAUCCACACUUGUUCAGCAUGAGAGUAUCCAUACUGGAGAAAAUCCUUAUGUUUGCAGUGACUGUGGAAAAUCCUUUGGCCACAAAUACACCCUCAUUAAACACCAGAGAAUUCAUACUGAGGCAAGGCCUUUCGAGUGCACUGAAUGUGGGAAAUUCUUUAGUCGAAGCUCUGACUUUAUUGCACACCAGAGAGUUCACACAGGUGAAAGGCCUUUUGUGUGCAGCAAAUGUGGGAAAGAUUUCAUCAGAACCUCCCACCUUGUUCGGCACCAAAAAGUUCACACUGGAGAGAGGCCAUAUGAAUGCAGUGAGUGUGGGAAAUCAUAUAGCUUAAGCUCCCACCUCAUUAGGCACCAGAAAGUUCAUGCUGCAGGAAGGCUUUAGGAGUGCUUUUCACAGAGCAGGACUCACGGGAAGAGCUCUGUGACUUCCUGUAGAGAGGGAGACGUCAAAUCAUGUGUUGAACUGUGUAUAUCUAGACACUGACAGUUGAGAGAUAGUUUAUGAAUCCCAUGUACAGGGGAAGCUUUCAGAAGCUAUGUUGCACUUUCAGACCUGCUCGGGUUCCUUGCUGAAUUUUUUAGUAUCGAUGCCUGUGGCUGAAAACAUCUCAACUCUACCAGCUUAGUUACCCUAAUAUCCUCAGGGGAGGCAGAACUUUGUAGUCUCUCUCUAGUCCCUGGAGGGAAUUGUAAGAAACCCGAGUUCCAGAAUUCCCUGGUGGUCCAAUGGUUAGAACUCUAUCUCCUUCUGAGGGCCCGGGUUCAAUCAUUUGUUGAGGAAAUAAAAUCCCACAAGCCAUGUGGCCAUAAAUAAGUAAAUGGAAACCUGAGUUAAAUGGGGGUCCUUGUUUGCUCCCCUCUGACUGGCAAAGGUGUGGGCAUGACCCAUCUUUAGCCAAGAGGAUCUGAGCUGUGUUCUGGUAACAGAGAAGGUUUACUUUCUUCAUGGACAUUGUUGGUUUCACUCUCAUGUGAUACUUGUAACAUUUUUCCAGCUCCAAGUCACCCAACCUGGAUAAUUAUUUGCCUCAUGUUGCUCUGGUUUGUGUGAUAAUAAAUACCUUAUUAUUUAAACCACCUUUAA